AUGGUGGUCGGUGGUGCUUCCAUCGGCCCGCUGCCAACUCAGCGGUCUAACCCACUAAUCCUUCCGUCCAACCGGGGAUCCACCACACUCCCCAUGGAACAAUACGAGGGAGGAUGCUCCUUCGACCGAGCGUUGCGGCCCGCUGGGAUUGAUCCCUUUGCUUCACUCUGCGUGCCUGCCAAGUCCAGUGUGGAGCUUUACUUUGACCACUACCGAACCGAAUGCCCGGCCCUCUUGUACAUCAUCCUGGCAACCAGUGCCUCCCACCGAGCCGGCCGGGGGCUCAUUGCGCAGGCCCCCAAGGCCGCCCGAGAUUCUUAUCGGGAUUCCCUGGAGUACCGGCAAAAGGCUCUCACAGGACUCCAGAGCAUGAUGCAGAUUCCAGGCACGAGCACAAGUUUACUUCAGUCUAUGGCAGUGAUCAUCGCCCAUAUGAUCUGCGUAGAGGCCGCAGAUACCAAUUUGGAAGCCGUAGACGGCCAUGUGCGCGGGCUGAUCAAGAUAGUUCAUCUGGUGGGCGGCCUUGAUACGUUCAGUGACGCAGACGCUCCCAUUAUCUACAGUGCCAAUUUUAUGAGCGCAGCUGCCAGAGGCUCGGCACCGCCCUUGCCGAUAACCAUGGCUUGGAAAGCCAGAGUACUUGAAAGCCUGUAUAGCCUGACUGCGACCGACGACGCCCUGCACGCUUCUUCAAUCGGCUUUCGCUUCUUCAACUCACCGUGGUCACAAGCAAUCCUUCUCUGUUUGCGAUCUAUUAUCAAGCUUUUCCGAGAAACCACGCACUACAUGUGUACUACUGGACCAGUGGAGGAAGCUCCUGUACUCAACGAAUGGCUGGUCUACACAGCCCAACAAUUGUUGUUGAUCGCCCCAGACUGUAUGCCCUCCGACUUGCAGGAGUGCCUGCGACUAUCAGUACUGCUCUUCGCCGCAGUCCAAGUCUGGGGCUUUCAGGGCUUGCUAUUCCUAAAUCAGCCCGUACUGGCUUUACACUGCCGCUUGGAAACUGCGUUUCUCUGUAUUCACCGCAUGGCGCCCGAUUUAGUUUUCUGGAUGCUCUUCACCGGCGGGCUCGCAGCAUUGGGCCAUCCUAGUCGUGGAUGGUUCGUGAACCGCCUCGCCGAGGCCGCCGGCCAACUAUCCCUCACAACGUGGGACAGCGCGCGGACCUUGUUAGAACAGUUUCUCUUCUUCUCUCGGCCUACUGAUACUCGCGCUGAGAUACUCUGGAGGGAAGUAGAAAGGCAACAGGCUUUGUUGUGGGGUUUAUAG